ACACACACAAACAAAAGAAAGAAAAAAAGAGUCCGCAGCAGUUUGCUGCAGACAGACGGUUUCCUUUUGGUGGACCAGUGGAAGGCCAUUGGUCGCUGGGGCCAGGUCAUUUGCAUAUACCGGGGCUUAUAGUCCCACAGCAGAGGCAGAGUUGGACACAGCGUUGACUCCACCUGCGAGUGUUUUGCAGCGUGCAUGACUCUGGCGGGCAGAACUUUGUAGCCCCUCAACAUGGGAUCGUGCACGAUCCUAGGAGUCGGACCGUGCGUGGCGCUUGUUUUCCUCUUCCACUCUGUGCGCUGUACGACGACCAAGUACUUCACCUACGAAGAGGACGCACCCGGCACGGAGAUAGGCAACCUGUCCCGAGAUCUGAAGAUCGACCCGGCCGACGACGCGCACACGUCGUUCCGCUUCAUGCAGGAGAGCAACUCCUCCGUGGUCCACAUGCGCCAGGUGGACGGACUCCUGAGCGUCGCGGACACCAUCGACCGGGAGCGGCUGUGCGCCGGGUCCCCGCGCUGCCUCGUCGCCUUCGACAUCGUGGCCUUGUCGCGGGAGAAGUUCCAGCUCGUGCACGUGGAGAUCGAGGUGAGAGACAUCAACGACCACCCGCCGCGCUUCCCGCGCAACGAGACGCGCCUGGAGAUCGCGGAGAACGCGCCGCUGGCCUCCAGGUUCCCGCUGCAGGUCGCCCUCGACCAGGACGUGGGUGACAACUACAUCCAGCGCUACAACAUCUCCGCCUCCAGCCACUUCGCCGUGGAGGUGCGCGUCGCGGAGGACGGGGCCAAGUGCGCCGAACUGGUGCUGGUGAGGGAACUCGACCGGGAGGUGGAGGACUCGUACACCGUGCGGGUCACCGCGUCCGACGGGGGGCAGCCGGCGCGCUCCGGCUCCAUGACCGUGCACGUCAAGGUGCUGGACGUCAACGACAACAGCCCGACGUUCGACCGCAGCUCCCUGAAGGUGGAGCUGAACGAGGACGCCCCGCUGGGCCACCGAGUCGCCACGGUGCACGCGUUCGACCCGGACGACGGCGUCAACGGCGAGGUGACGUACGCGCUGGCCGACGACUCGUCGCCGGAGGCCGCGCGCCUCUUCCACGUCGACCCGCACUCCGGCGACGUGACCCUGAAGGCGCCGGUCGACUUCGAGAGGAGACGCUCGUACGAGCUGCACGUCCGCGCCUCGGACCUGGGCGCCGGCGCCGUGCCGUCCAGCUGCAGGCUCGUGGUCGACGUGGUGGACGUGAACGACAACGCGCCCGAGAUCCGCAUCAAGCCGAUGACCUCCGGCAGCGACGGGGUCGCCUACAUCACGGAGGCCGCGGCCGCGGACAGCUUCGUGGCCCUGAUCAGCACCUCGGACAGAGACUCCGGCUCCAACGGGUACGUGCGCGUCAGCCUGCUCGGGCACGAGCACUUCAGCCUGCAGCAGGCGUACGGGGACACGUUCAUGAUAAUCACCAGCACCACGCUAGACAGAGAGCGGGUGCCAGAGUACAACUUGACUGUGGUCGCCGAGGACCUGGGCAGCCCCCCUUUCAAAACCGUCAGCCACUACACCAUCCGUGUAACGGACGAGAACGACAACCCCCCUCUCUUCAGCAAGGCCCUUUACGAGGUUUCAGUCCUGGAAAACAACAUUCCGGGUUCGUACGUGACCACCGUUGUUGCCCGAGAUGCCGAUGUGGGAAAGAACGCCAAGGUCUCCUAUAAACUUUUAGAUUCAGAGGUGUCGGCCGGGGCCCCGGUGUCCACUUAUGUUUCUGUGGACUCGCUCUCGGGGUCUUUGUUCACAUUAAGGUCUUUUGAUUAUGAGACUCUGCAGCAUAUCGAGCUGGUGAUCCAAGCAGAAGACAGAGGUUCUCCCUCUCUGUCCAGCACAUCCACAAUCAGGAUCCGAGUGGUGGAUCAGAAUGACAACUACCCAUACUUCACCUUCCCUGUCCUGCUGAAUGACUCGGCCGAAGUCCCCCUGCCCUUCAAUGCGCCCGCCGGCUACCUCGCCCUCCGUGUCUCCGCAGAGGACGGGGACGAGGGUGUGAACGGCGAGCUCUCCUACCAAAUUGUGCAAGGUGACCCCAAGCUUUUUGCCAUGAACAAGGACUCUGGAGAGAUUGCUUUAAAACAAUGGCUGACAUCUGAAAUCGGGGACGUGCUGGAACUUCAAAUCGCCGUGAUUGACAACGGCAGGUCCCCGCUCUCUAGCAGUGCCACCGUCAGGUUCGUCGUGUCAGACACGGAGCCCGCCGACGACCAGGUCGUCGUCGUGCUGCGGUCAAGUGGCGAGGAAGGCUCCAUCCUCGACGGCUCACUAAUUGUCAUCAUCAUGCUCAGCGGGGGUUGUGCAUUGUUGCUGAUUGCAAUAGUGGUAGUUGUCGUCACGUGCAAACUCAGCCGCGGGGGCAGAGGCCGAGGCGCCAAGAGAGAAGUGUGUCACAGCCUGUUCGCCAGCGGGCCCCUGCCCAUGCUCGGCUCCGCAGAACCAAACAUAUACACGGGUCAACGAGGCUUCUUCCACGAGAGGACCUCCUCGUCUCUGGAUGACUCCUGCCUGUACGAGGAGAGGAGCGGCGACUCGGAGACAAAGAUGUUCCUGCCCUCCAAGCAUUUCCAACCAACAUCCGUGUGGCAAGGUGACAAAUACUGCUUGCAAGUGAGUGGCAUCGGCAACACUGACCAGCUGAGCGUGAAGGACAGUGGCAAAGGGGACAGUGACUUCAACGACAGUGACUCUGAUAUCAGCGGCGAUGGAGGCAAGAAGAAUUUCAGUACCUUCCAACCGAAGCUAAAAAGUUCGUCCAGCACUGCUAACAGCUUAUCCGGGGAUUGCCAAGCCACCUACUGUGCAGCGCCGCCGCAGAGGUUCAGGACCCCCAGAGACAACGCGUACACGAUAGGCUUCUCCUCAAUGCCGGUGUUCAACAAUCCUCUCGGCUAUCCCUACUCCUGGAAGGACUCUGGUUACGGCACAAAUCGGCCAAAAUCAAGGAGCGGCGUGCAGAACUUCUCCAGGGCCGGGACCCUCCCUCCUUACUUUCCUCAGCAACAGCAUGACACCGGCGUUGAAGGUGCGGAAAUCCACAAGCAGAGACCAAAUUUUGUAACUGUGGCUACGGCAUUAGAGGUUGCUACUAUCUUUUAAAAAACUGUUAAUGAGCUAAAUUAAGAACAUUCCUGGAUGAUGUAAAUAUUUGUGAAAUUGGUUAAAACUGACUAUAAAUAUAUAUGAGUAUGUACAGAAUGUUUAAUUAUGUUGCAUUAUACUUUGUGUUUUUAUGAUGGUGUCUCUUUUUCCAAUAAAAGGGUAAUUAAUUAAAG